AUGGGCGAUCGUACGGCCGAGAGCGGUACGAUUCCGGCGGGAGUGACGGGGAGCGCAGACCUGCGGGGAAGGAGCCUGGGCGUGGGCGUGGGCGUGGGCGGGUGGGCGCGUGGGCAGGGGGAAGAGGCGGGCGCGGGGAAGCAUGGAGCGGGGAACGACUCAGGGAGCCUGAGGAAGCUUCUGCCACUGGCAGCUGCAGGCAAGAGUUUUGCAGCAGAGGUUUUUGCUGCCAGGGGUGGCACGCCCUUGAUAACGGACUCGAGGAGCUUGCGUGGCGAGCUGCGCUGGGGUGUCAAGGAGGGUUUAAGCGGGGGUUUGGGGGGGAGUGAGGGGGAGGCGGGCGGGGAGGAGUGGCGGAGGCGGAAGGUGGGGUGGCUUGCGCGGGAGGUGGUAGCGGUGGUGCCGAGUGCAAUGGUGCGGCUGCUGAACGCUCAGAAGCAGUGGAUGCGCAUGGACGACCUGGUCGCUGUAGUGGAGAGCCUUAUAGCGAGGAAGGAGGUGGUUCGCGGGAUACGGGUCUUCCAGUGGGCGCUGCAUGCGCCCUUCUUCUCCCCCCCCGCCUCCCCCCCAAUCCUCUCCGCCCUCCUCCUCUCCGCGGCCGCCCAGGGGAAGAUCCGCCACAUGCUCCCCCUCCUCUCCUCCGCGCUCCCCCAGGGUGUUUCCCCAUCUCGCCCAGCUUUUGAAGGGGUAAUCCGGUCGUCCGGCGCCGGUUCGGCGCGGCAGGCUCGGCCGAGCCUGCGGGCGUAUAAUGUGUAUGUGGAGGCGUUGAGUGGGGCGGGAGAGGUGGAGGCGGCAGAGGGAGUGGUGAGGGAGAUGGGUGAGAGGGGCAUGAGGCCUCUUACCAAGGUGUUCAAUGCGGUGCUGAGGUUGCAUGUGAGGGUGGGCAUGGGUGCUGGUGGUAGUGCGCUGGAUAUGCCAGCAGCAGCAGCACUAUCACCACCAUCACCACCAUCACCACCACCACCACCGUCAUCAUCACCAGCAGCAGCAGCAACAGCAGCGAGGGAUGCAGCAGUGCGUGUGUUCACGGAAAUGGCUUCCUUUGGAUGCCCCGCCAGCAGUGAGGCAUGCAACCUGCGCCUGCAGACUCAUCUUCUGGCGAGUGACUGGGAGGGCGCAUGGGAGCUCUAUGGCGGAAUGAGAGGAGCCCUGGAGGGAGGGGAGGGAGGAGUGGGAGGAGUGGGAGAGGGAGGGGUGAGGGGAGAGAGGGGGAUGGGACGAGGAGGGAAACGGGUUGCAGAGAGAGGGACACGAGGAGGGGGCAAAGGAGGGAGGGAUGGGAGAGGGAAGAUGAGGGGGGUGAGGGCAGGGGGGAGAGGAGAGUGGGAGGAGAGUGAGGAGGAUUGGGAGAAGCAUGGGUGGAUGAGGAGGGAGGGGAGGGAGGGGAAUGAGGACUGGGAAGCAGAGGAGGAAGAGGAAGAGGAAGUGGAAGAGGAAGAGGAAGAUGAAGAGGAAGAGGAAGUGGAAGAGGAAGAGGAAGAGGAAGAGGAGGAUGGUGAAGAGGAUGGAUACGACGGCGAGGAGGAGGAGGAGACAGAGAGAAGGGAGGAAGAAGCUGCAGACUCACAGGUGAACGCGAGAGCAACACUGCUGCCUGUGCUGAGUCCCCCCAACCAGCACACGUACGACUUGCUACUGCUGGCUCUGGCUGCAGCUGGGGAUGUGGGGGGCGUGGAGAGAGUAUAUGAGGACAUGCUGAGAGAGGGGGUGCGCGGUGGGUUGAGGAGGGGAGGAGGGGAGGGAGAGGAGGGCGAGGAGGGCGAGGAAGGUGAGGAGGGAGAGGAUGGGGAGGAGAGCGAAUGGGAGGAAAGCAAGAAUGGUGGUGGGGUGUUUGGGGUUGUGAGUGGAAGGGGGAGAGUGAGAGGCGCGGAGGGGAGUGAGGAGGAGAGGGGAGGAGGAGGAGGGGUGGGGAAGGCGCGGAGGUUCAGCCUGCAGGGGCGAGUGAGGGAGGCGGUAGAGCAGCUGUUAGGGGUGGAGCGAGUGAGAAGGGACGAGGCGUGGGCUGCUGCAGUGGCUGCCCGAGGGGGAUCAGCCGCAGCAGCAGCAGCCUUCUUUGGAGGAGCAACAGCAACAGGAGAAGGAAGAGGAGGAAGAGGAGGAGGCGGCAUGGGUGGGACGGGGAGAGGCUGGAAGGCGGGAGUACCAGGGGAGGGGGAUGUGGCGAUGGGUCUCAGGCUGACGAGGGAGCAGCGGCAGGUGUUGGUGGGCGCUCUUCUGGCUGGGGCAGAGGUGGAGAGUGCAGACGGGGGCGUGUCGUACUCGAUACGAUUCUCACAACCUAUUGGGGCGGGCGGCGAGGAUUGGCGCAUGCGGGUGCUGGACUGGCUGUACGAGGUGUUCCUUCCCUGGGUGGCUGCUCCCCCGGUGGAUGUGACUGUAACAAGGGGAGAAGUUGGGGAAGGCGAAGCGGUGGUUGUGACUGUAAAGGGGGGAGCAGUUGGGGAAGGUGAGGGGGGGGAUGUGGGGGAGGCGGGGGAUGGGGAAGGUGGGGGGGACAGCAUUCGCGUGCGGACGUUUGCUACCAUUGCGCACCCGUCUCUGCAGUUCUACGCCCGGCAGUUUCGUCCCCUAGCGAAGGAUGUGGCCGGCAAACGGGGCGGCAGAGAGGCGGCGGUUCCUCGUCUUAUUCAUCGGUGGCUGUCACCCCGAGGCAUGGCAACGUGGCUCAUGUAUAACGGGUGGGCUAUUAGAGGGGAUGGACGCAAGGGAGGGAGAGAGGUCAGAGGGGAGGAAGGGGGUGAGGAAAUGGGAGAGGGAGUGGGAGUGGGGGAGGGGGAAAAGGUUGAAGAGAUGAAGAAGUCUGGUGAUAAUACGGGUGGUGGUGGUUAUAACCUGGUUUUUGGAGCGGAGGGGUAUUCUGCCAAGGAGGUGGCACUGGUUGUUGCAGCGGUGGGUGCACGAGUGGAAGAUUGCGCUUGGAAAAAGGGAUCCAAGGGUAGGAACAAUGCAAUGAGGUUCAGUGGGCUCUCUGCACGUGUCACUUGGCGAGCCAUGGAGCCUUAUAUGGUGGAGGAGGCGAGGGAUGCGCUUGGCCCUUGA